AUGAUCACUCGAACCACCAUUUCUAACCGAGAACUAGUGUUAAAACAAAGACGAGACACACACGUAGCGCAACGCAUCACUCUGUGUGUGUGUGUGUGUGUGUGUGUGUGUGAUAUGGUUUACCAGCAGCCUGCGUUGCACCGAGCUUGCUUGGAUGUGAUGCCAAGUUGGAUAUCGUUGAAGUGCUAUUUUCUGCCAGGAUCCAUCGAUGUAAAUGCACGCGACCACAGUGGCUGGACAUCUCUCAUGAUCGCAUCCUCGGCAGGGGCCUCGAGUAUCGUCCGCUGGCUCUUACGACAUGGCGCUGAUGUACAUGCCAGCAAUACCAAACGCAUCACAGCUCUGCAUUAUGCAAGCAGCAAGAACCAUGUAGAUAUUGUCCGUGAGCUUCUUGAAGCGGGUGCCGACGUCAACGCGCUCGACGGCGCGAACCAGCGUCCUAUACACCGAGCGGCUUCUGCUGGACACGACCAUGUAAUCCGUGUGCUAUUGUCGCCACCGCCUCGCUCAGAUGGCUCGCCACAUCCAAAGACACGCGUGAACCCUGCCGACCGCCUCGGCAACACGCCACUACACCUAGCCAUCGACUCCGCACAUGCACAGACAGCCGCACUGCUGAUUGAUGUUGGUGGCGCGGACCGCCUGCGUGUCAAUACGGACGGCAUCGUGCCUGAGCAGAUGGAAGGUGUCGGUGGUCUGGAACAGAAGCGCGUAAGAGACUUUUUGGCUCAGUCAUUCGGGCCUAUAGGUAUCUAG